GGAGCGGCCUGCAGCGGCUCGGACCGCUGCUGCCGUGCGCGCCGCCCGCUCGGGUGUAUGCGGGAGUUGGAGAGCAGCGUGUGUGUGUGUGUGUGUGUGUGUGUGUGUGUGCGUGUCGGCGUGUGUCAGUGUGUGUGAAAGCCACCACUAGUCGCCCCCAGUGCUCUUCAGUCUCCACUCUCCCUUCUCACCGCAGACUGAACGUCACGUCCGCACUUGAACUUGAGUUUUCUCCCAUUGUGGAAGCCAGAGAGCCGCACAGAGCCGCACGCCGACGCACGCAGCCGCACACAGCCGCGCACAGCCCGAGGAAGCGGCGCACUGCAGCCUGCACAAAGAGAAAAGAGCGCGGCGGUCUGUCCUCAAACCGGCGCUUGGGCUUUGACUUAAGAGUUCAAGUGCAACGCGCGUCGCCGGCGCUGUCAGUGCCGCAGCAGAAGUGCCCAACACUUGGUGCCACCCAGAGAAGUACCGAGAAGGACAGUGGAUCCCUAUUUGAGACACUUUGAGACGUGACUUGGCGUCAUUUCGCCCGCGUUCUGUGGACAGGGACGCAGCGUGUCCAGCGUGGCCGCAGAGUGGACACGGGCAGUGACUGUCCGCCAGGAAGGUGACCGCCGACCUCGCGCGUCUCCGUUGUCUUUUCUCUUUUUUUCUUCUUCUGAAAGAUGGUGUGAGCGCGGCGGAAGGGAGCCGGUCCGCCCGCCGCCUCGCUGCCAGACGGGAGGCGCGCCGCCACUUUGCCGCUGAACUCCGACCGACCGACCGCCCCGCGCCGCGCCGCGCCACGGCCGCUCACCGCAGAGCGCAGGAGCCGCGGCUCGCUGGAGGGACCAUUCGAGGGGCCACGCGCGGGGCCAGCGCCGAGUGGGCCGCUCGGCGUGCUUUUGGGGGCCGGUUUGCGGCCGGUACGAAGGAGCCGCAGGAGGAGAGUCGACCCUUCCAGCGCCGCUUUCCGGGCGAUGCCAGUGUAAAUGCCAGGGCGAUGUCCCGACGCAAGCAGGGGAACCCGCAGCACCUGUCCCAGAGAGAGACAACACCGGCGGUUGAGCUCCCAGAUGGCAGAAUACUCUCCGACUCUCUCUCCCUCCACCCGCUCCGCCUGCCCGCUCACCCGCUCGGCCUGCCCCACCCGUUGGACCCUAGUCUGGCCCACACCCUGCCGCCCGGCCUCCACGCCGACCACGACCUCCUGACCUGUGGCCAGUGCCAGUUGACCUACCCGCUGGGAGACAUCCUCUUGUUCAUCGAGCACAAAAAGAAGCAGUGCCAAACGCUGGCCAAUGGCUGCUACGACAAGAUGAGCGACCGGGGAGGAGGAGGAGGAGGAGGAGGAGGAGGAGGAGGAGGGGGAGGAAGAGGGAGUCCGACUCUGCAGAGCCGCCGUCAGCAGGCGCAGCCGAGGAAGGUGGUGGAGCCGGUGGAGAUUGGCAUCCAGGUGACUCCAGAGGAAGAGGACGGGGAGGUGGGAAGAGGGGGGAGGCGAGAGAGGACGCCCAUUAAAGGAAUUUUCCCGAAGCAGGAGAACACCACGACAGGUGGCAAGGAUGAGCCUUCUAGCUAUAUAUGUACCACCUGCAAGCAACCCUUCCCUAGCGCCUGGUUCCUGCUGCAACAUGCCCAGAACACCCACGGCAUCCGCAUAUACCUGGAGUCCAACCCUUCCAGCACAGCCCUCACACCACGCAUCGCUAUGCCCCCACCCAUGGGCAACAACUCCAUCCCGCAAUCCCCCCUCAGCAACUUCCUGGGGGACAACAACCCUUUCCACCUCCUGAGAAUGACGGGCCCCCUGCUCAGGGAGCCUCCCCCAGGCUUCAUGGAGAACCGGCUUCCCAACACGCCUCCAUUCAUCAGCCCGCCUCCCCGCCACCAUCUAGAUCCACAUCGGCUGGAACGCCUCAGCGUAGAGGAAAUGGGCCUAAUCUCACAGCACCCCAGUGCCUUUGAGAGGGUGAUGCGGCUUACUCCAAUGGCCAUGGAGUCCCAGUCCAUGGACUUCUCUAGGCGCCUACGAGAGUUGGCGGGGAACAACAACAAUACCACACCACCUUUGUCACCCAGCAGGGUCAACCCUAUGCACCGACUCCUGAACCCCAACCCCUACCAGCCUGGGACAAAAUCCCCUUUUCUGAGCACCCCUCCCUUACCACCAAUGCCACCAAACAGCAUCACCCCUCCCCAGACACAAAACAAGGUCAAGUCUUGUGAGUUUUGCGGGAAGACCUUCAAGUUCCAGAGCAAUUUGGUGGUGCAUCGGCGCAGCCAUACUGGAGAAAAACCAUACAAGUGCCAGCUGUGUGAUCACGCCUGCUCUCAGGCAAGCAAGCUGAAGCGCCACAUGAAGACCCACAUGCACAAGGCUGGAUCCCUGACAGGGCGUUCAGAUGAUGGAUUGUCCACCACAAGCUCGCCAGAGCCAGGUACCAGUGAUGUCACAGGUGAGGGCAUGAAAAAUCGUGAUGGGGACUUUCAAGGUGAAGGCAAUGAAGAGGAAGAAGAGGAGGAGGAAGAAGAGGAACUCGAGAAUGAGAGUCGACCAGAAUCAAACUUCAGCAUGGAGUCUGAAUUUUACCGAAACAGGGAAAAUGGCUCCAAACUCCCAUCAGAGAAGUCACAACUUGUCCUUGAGAAGAUGGUUGUUGGUGGGGGGCUUAAUUCUAUACAGCAGUACAAUAAUUUGAUAGUUGACAAUCGUAAAAGGAUGCCCUUCUCUAAGAGGGGCUCAGAUGGCCAACGGGACACUGGGGAUGAGGACUCAGUUGUUGGUGAGAUGGACCACCACCAACAGGAAGAGAGGACAACCAUUAACGGCCGUAACUGUGGCUCCGGUGACUCUUUUUCAGGCCUGUUUCCCCAUAAGCCUGCCCCUAUUACCAGCCCCAGCCUGUCAAACUCUUCAAAUAAAAGGAUCAAAAUUGAGAAGGACUUGGACAUUCCCCCAACACCCCACAUACCCUCUGAGAACGUGUACUCCCAGUGGCUGGUAGGCUAUGCUGCCUCACGCCACUUCAUCAAAGACCCUUUCCUCGGCUUCACUGACUCUAGACAAUCGCCCUUUGCCACUUCAUCUGAGCACUCGUCCGAGAACGGCAGCUUGCGGUUCUCAACGCCUCCGGGCGACCUGCUGGAUGGAGGCCUGUCAGGCCGUAGCGGCACUGCCAGUGGGGGCAGCACCCCUCAUCUGGGCGGAGGUCCAGGCCGGCCUAGCUCCAAGGAUAGCAGGAGGAGCGACACCUGUGAAUACUGUGGCAAAGUGUUCAAGAACUGUAGCAACCUGACGGUGCACCGGCGCAGUCACACAGGCGAGAGGCCCUACAAGUGUGAGCUGUGCAACUAUGCCUGCGCCCAGAGCUCCAAGCUCACACGCCACAUGAAGACACAUGGUCAACAUGGCAAGGAGGUCUACCGCUGUGACAUUUGCCAAAUGCCCUUCAGCGUGUACAGCACUCUGGAAAAACAUAUGAAAAAGUGGCAUGGAGAACAUUUGAUGACCAAUGAGGUCAAAAUUGAACAAGCAGAGAGAAGCUAAACUAGAUUACCUGUUUCCAUACUCCGUGCCACACUUGGGACUAGAAAAAUAAACAGAAGGGGGUAGUUCUGAAAUGUUAAUUUCCUGUUUUCAAGAAACUGCCAACUGAAAAAAAAGUGAAAAUAGAAAUCUUAACACCAACAGAAGCUGUCUAAACUGCCUCAUUUGGGGUUCCUUUUUAAACAAUCAGUCAGUUGAGUUAAAACAUAAGUGGAGCCUUUAACUGUGCAAUAAUUUCUGUAUUUAUUGGAUUUUGUAUUUUGGCAUGUGCAGGUACAAUAUUAUUUAGGAUUUUUUUUUACUUGUUUUACUUGUUUGUGUUACUGUGUUGAAAUCACAUGAUACCUGAGAGGUUUUUACAAGACUAAAGUCAACUUUGACUACUUUUUUUUGGGCCGCUGCUUGUAGGGAAUUGUAUAUUACGCUAAAUGUGUGAUUUCUUGAAGAGAACUUCAAUCUUCAAUUUGAAAGUGGCGUUAACUGAGAAUGCUAGAAUUUUGUGAGAUGAUGAUGAUGAUACGCGGACAACAAUCCUUAGGCAUUGUAGCAUGAACUGAGUCUAAAACAUGUCAAUAUAAUUGGAUAUGUAGCACUGAGCGUCAUAUUUGACAUUAAAUCUAAAAUCAAAGAGGAUCCCAAGGUCUCCUCCUGAGAACAUCAUUCACAGCCAGAAGAAAGAUUCUAGAUAAGGCAGCUGCUGACUGGUACAACAACCAUCCCUCAUUUCCCCUGUUUUCCACCCUCCCUCCAUUUUACCUCCAUUAAUAGAUCCAUGUAUUAUAUUUUGCAUAAAGCCAUAUGAUCGGGACUACUAUUUAUUUGCAGUAAACUGGGAAUUAAGCUGUUCCAUACAAGUAUACAUAGAGCUAGAAAUAAAAAUGACACAAGACAGCAAACACAGGGACUUCUCAGGGUGAGCUAUAUAUUUUUGUUGAUUUAAUUGUUCAAUUUAAAUUAGAAGUCACAUGCUCUCAGAUUUAGAAAAAAAAUCAACACCCCUAUGCAUUUGAUGUGCAAAAAAAGUGGUACAGCAAGUUUUCACUGGAAUUUAGUGGUUAUAGUGAUUUUGUACAAUCUGAUCUCCAGGAAUAGUUUCUCAGUUGGUUCUGCGGAAGUUUUGUGUAGAAUAGGAACUAUAUACAUAUACAUACGAGUGUGUGCUGAAGUAGUAAUAGUAAAAAAAGCAGCAUCAGCCCGCUCCAUGCCCCUUUGUUCUUUUAAAUAUCAUUAUCCCAUUUUUUUGUAUGCCUCAUCCUUCAUAAUGGCACUUUUUCCCUUUCAAAUCAGACUGAAAUCAGAGCUUUACAAAAACAACAGCCCUGAACUUUAUGAUUUUUGCAUCCAACACACACGCACACACACACACACACACACACACACAUACACACACAGCUGGACAGAAAAGUUAAAUAGGUUCUAGAGCUUGGGAUCUCUUGGCGCUCGUGCCCAGGGUUGAUAGGCUAUGCUUUCCCAAUGUUGGCACUAUAAAAUUGAAAAAUAAAAAUAAAAAACAUUUUUUGGACUGCCAUCAAAUUUGAUAUGAGUGUGCCUUGAAUAAUGAUCUUCUUAUUUAUUAUCUAUGACAACUACAACACCUUUUAAGAAGGAACAAAUUGAACAAGGAAAAAAAAUAGAAAAUGUGUUAUGUAGACUUUGUCACAGAAAUAUUCAGAUCAAUACCUAUGAAACAAUGCUCAGUUUGGAUUUAGGAAUACCCAGCACAAUAUCAGUGUGUCUGUGUGUGUAUAUAUGUAUGCAUAUGUACAUAUAAAGGCACAAACCUAUAUAUAGAUAUAUAUCAAAUUCCUCACUCAUAAGGACAAGAGUCUGUCCCACAGCAGAAAAUUCCAGGAGUGGACAAAAGCCACAAAAAAAGUAAAAAAAUUAGACUUGACAAAAAAUCAGGAAAUGCAGAACCUAAAAAAUGAAUUUAGUGCACUCUGUCUUAAAAUAAGUUUACAGUAUUGAAACAAGUACAAGGGUAAAAUAAUAUUUGUGUGUAUGUGUGUUUUAAACAAACAAGUAUUUUUUUUCCAGGUUUGCUUAUAAAGUUUUCUCUGAAUGCCGUAUUGGCAAUGUGUAUAUUCUUUUCUUUUUCUUUUUUUCUUUUUUUGGUGACGGGUUUUAGUAUAUAUAUAUAUAUAAAUAUAUAUGAAUAUAUAUUACAUUUUUCUUGUUUACUGUAAAAGUAUACCAGUAUUUGUAAUAUUGGAGAAUGCCUGGGCAUUUUACAAAAAUAGAAAAAAGGUUGUUUUUUUAUUUUUUAUUUUGCAGUCCAAUUAAAUUGUGGGUCUCUUAAAACUGUUUUUGUCACUGUAACUGUACAAGUCUUAAGUUUUAGUAACUUUUAUUCUGCCUUGGGUGUAAUGAAAUAAAAAAUAAACAAAUUAAAAAAUGACUGAACUGUAACAACCUUCGAUUUGGUGGUGGGAUAGCUCUUGGGGUCGGGGAAAUGGUGAACAUCCGUUAUCCCUUGGAAACAACAGAACAUUUGUUCUUCUUUUCAAACUGAGAAUCCUAACUUGUAUCUAUUUUUCUUCUUCUGGAAUGGAUUAUUCUUUAAUGGAUGGUUUGAAAUACUUGUGUAGGCACUUGCUGUCUUUCCUAAGGAGCUUGUCUUUUUUAUCUUGUGGGCUAUGUGCAUCCUUUUGUGCAUCCUUUUGUGAAUCGGGUACUCUGGGUCCCUUGCAGGGGGAGAGUGACUUUAUGCCAAUGACAAGAUAUUACUCACAGGCUGCCAUUGGCUAUUUCUCCUCUCAUUGGGCAGAAUAGAUAACCUUACAAAUUUGUACUGUUGUAAUGAAUCACGUUGUACAGAAAGGGAUGUUUGACAGCCUUUUAGUGAUGAAAACACGUCAAUGUUUUGCUUACCCCUUUAUUGGUUGUACAUAGUUUUCUAUGACUACGCUGUUUUUAUUUGAUUUAACCUCUAUUCUUUAUUUUUAUUUGUUUGGGAUUUUUAUCUGGCAUUGGCAGGGACUUGCUGUGUCUGCGUGUGGGGUUGAUGGGGUUUUGCGGGGGAGUAGGAGGGGUGAGGGGGGGCUUUGGGGAGUCUAUUCUUUUUCACCUUUGUGACCUCCAUGUCAAUUUUCAGGCAAAUGCUUCCCCCAUUGAUAUUUUUCGGCUUGAGAACAGAGCACAAAUACAAGCUGUUAAAAUUGUU